AUGAUGCGCGAUCCCGCCCCAGUGCCUGGCUUCCGUCACGUUUACCCCAACUUCAGGCAUCAGAACAAGGCCAAUGGCUUCAGCUGCGCUCAGCUGUCGCCCAUGUCUCUCAGGCCAGUCGACCACGGCCAGCCCGGCCUCCCGCCGGCGCUCAACAUCGAGAACUUCCACCAGGACAGCAAGGUUUUCCCCGAAGAGCUCUACACCGAGGGCAACCCAGGCCAACUCUAUGUCGCCAACCGGUUGCGAUUCUACGCGGACCCGGUGCCCCACCGCCACAAGUACCACGGAACAACGGGCAUCACCAUCAACAUCCCGGCCUACUUUGAGCGCCGCCUCAGCUACGUCGACUCCCGCCAGUUCUACUGCAACUUUUACGAGCGCCUGGCUUCCCAGAAGUCCGACUUCAAGCGUCUGGUCGAACUCAUGGACGAGGUUGGGUCCAUGCACUACUACAACAUCAAAACGACGGGCACUUUGUGA